AUGGCCCCUGCAGCAGGCAUCAAGGCGCAGCUAGAGCCUGACAAGUUCGAGGACAGGAGUCUAGAGGACGGCUCGAGCAGCGACUCUUCCUCCUCGCACCAAGACACCAUUGGCGCUGUCCUCGAUGGCCACCGGCCCUGUCUACAAGAGACCAGGUCGUACGCCUCCAGGUCUAGAGCCCACGGCGGGUGCGAGACAGGAUGUACAGCCGCAUGUCUUGCGCGUCAGCCUUCCCGCGUCGACAACAUCGUCUCGCGCAUCCGCUCGCGUCCAACAGCCCCGGUCUUCCAUCACCCGCUGGCCGACAAGCCCACGGCCGUGAGCGUCAUUGUCGACUUUGAGGGUCCUGACGAUCCUUACCGCCCCAUCAACUGGUCCACAAAGACGAAGGUCCUGACCACGCUCAUGUAUGGCCUCAUCACAAUGUCCGCUACCUGGGCCUCGUCCUCGUACGCAGCCGGCACGCAGCAGGUGGCGCACGAGUUCCACGUGUCGACCCCAGUGGCUACGUUAGGGACGACCCUGUACCUCUUUGGCUUUGGCAUCGGACCGUUGCUCUGGGCCCCCUUGAGCGAGGUGUUCGGCCGGCGGCUGCCGGUCAUGACCCCCAUGUUCAUUGCCGUCUGCUUCUCGUUUGCCACGGCGACGGCCCAGAAUAUCCAGACUAUCAUGCUGACCCGGUUCUGGGGCGCUUUCUUCGCCUCGGCCCCCAUGACGAACACGGGCGGUGUCCUGGGCGACCUGUUCUCGGCGGAAUGGAGAGGCAUUGCCCUGGCCGGAUAUUCCAUGGCCAUUGUCUGUGGGCCAGCACUAGGCCCUGUUGUAUCCACCGUCCUAGCGCAGCAGCCCUCGCUCGGGUGGCGAUGGACCGAGUACCUCACGGGCAUCAUCCAAGCCGUCGUCCUGCUCAUCGGCGUCAUAUUCAUUGACGAGAGCUACCCCCCGCUGCUGCUCGCCAAAAAGGCCGAGAAGCUACGCCACGAGACAGGCAACUGGGCCCUCCAUGCCCGAAUGGAGGAGUGGCAGAUCUCCGUUGGCCAGCUCGCGCGCAAGUUCCUGGUGCGGCCCAUCUUCAUCCUCGCCACGCCCAUCUGCUUCUCCAUGACGCUGUACGCGAGCUUCGUCUACGGCAUCCUGUACAUGCAGCUGGGGGCCAUCCCCAUCAUCUUCCAGGAGGUCCGCGGCUGGCAUCCCAUUGCCGCCGCCUUGCCCUUUCUCUCCAUCAUGAUUGGCGCCAGCAUGGGAUGCGCCACCAACAUCUACAACCAGUUCCGCUACAACAAGGCCUACUACGCGGCCAGCAACAGGCCCGUGCCCGAGAUGCGUCUGCCCCCCAUGAUCCUGGGCUCGUUCCUCUUCUGCGGCAGCCAGUUCCUCGUCGGCUGGACCGCGCAGCCGGCGACCACCUGGGUGGCCCCGUGCAUCGGCCUCGUCAUGCUGGGCAUGGGCUUCUUCACCAUCUUCCAGGCAGCGCUCAACUACCUCGUCGACACCUUCCAGGCCUACGCCGCCUCGGCCAUUGGCGCCAACACGUUCCUGCGGUCCUGCGUGGCGGGCGCGCUGCCCCUAGUCGUGGGACCGCUGUAUCACAACUUGGGCGUCGGGCCUGGCUCCAGCAUCACAGACAUCAAGGGGGGCAAGGGAGACAGCGAUGCCCUCUUCAUCAAUGAGAAGACACCAUUGCCCCAGCCUCCCGCGGGCCAGGCCUUGGUGCGCAUCCGGGCCUUCGGCAUCAACCGCAUGGACAUCAUGCAGCGCAAAGGACCCUACCCGCUUCCACCUCAGGCGCCGACCACGCUGGGCGUCGAAUUCAGCGGCGCCAUUGCGUCCUUUGGCUCAGACGAGCAUGGUGGGUUCCAAGUAGGCGACGAGGUCUUUGGACUGGCCUACGGAGGGGCGUACGCCGAGUACAUUGCCGUCAGCACGCGCAUGCUCCUCCACAAGCCCGCCUCGAUGCCGUGGACGACGAGCGCCGGCAUCCCAGAGACCUGGAUCACGGCCACGCAAGCGCUGCAUCAGGUUCUGGAAUUUGCCAAGGGCAAGUCCAUACUGUGGCAUGCCGGCGCCUCGGGCGUGUCCAUUGCGGGCAUACAGUUGUCUCGUAUAGCUGGUGCCAGCGCCGUGUACGCAACGGCAGGGUCGGACGAUAAGUGCGAGUUCGUGGUCAAGGAGCUAGGUGCCACAGCCGCUAUCAACUACAAGACGCAGGACUGGGCAGAGGCGAUCCUGAAGCACACGGAUGGGAAAGGCGUGGACUACAUUGUGGAUUUCGUAGGCGGGAGUUACCUCCAGCAGAACAUCACCGCAGCGGCGCGCGACGGCCGCAUAGUCGUCCUGGGCAUCCUGGGCGGCGCUGAGGCUCUCAAGGUUGACAUGUCCCAGAUUCUCUUCAAAAGGCUCCGUAUAGAGGGCAGCACGUUGAGGAGUCAGGAGGAACAGUACCAGGGUCUGCUGCGGGACAAGCUGGCCGAGUACCUGACGGACUUUGAUUCGGGCAAGUUGCGGGUGUAUCUGGACAAGGUGUUUCCCUGGCAGGAAAUAGGGGCGGCGCACAAGCAUGUCGAGGCGUCCAUGAAUAUCGGCAAGGUGGUUUGCACUGUCGGGUGA